CAUGACAUGUAAAUUAGUGAGUUUAGUUGUAAACAUGACCUUAUUUCGCAGAACAUAUGUUCAAUUAUAGUUAGCAGCUAUUUGCAGAAACAUGGCUGCUACUAGGUCCUUGAUAUUAUUUGCCUUAAUUGGAAGUGCAUUGGGCCAACGAACAAGUAUGAGAUAUUCGGAUUGGUUCGCUGUCCGGCCUCGUACAAUGUUAAUGGCAAGGACUGUAUUCAAGCUUACUGGCGCCAAUAGCGACCAAUGCGCAAUGGAAUGUCUGUCUAUGAGAGGACGCUGUUUGUCGUUUGAUUACCACAGACAGACGCGUUCGUGUUUUGGUCGAGCAAAUGGAGAUGAAGUUUUAAGAUCAAAUAGUGACCCAAGCAUUCGUGGGAACGACAACUAUGACUUUUACGUUACAUCAUUGGAGCGAGUCCACGCAGCUGUACGCAACUAUCAAGUAAGCCGCGACCGUGAUCGAGAGCGCCCACCGCCGGCACGGCGUCCAGAACCACCCAGACGACAAAGAGUAAACCGGCCACCAACCGGGGUGUUUCAAGACCAGCGCAGCCAAGAGAAGACUACCGUUAUAGACCAAGACGACCGACUACAACAACGGUUAUGCCGAGAACAACAACAAGAGCUACAACAACAACAAGAGCAACAACAACAAGAAGACCAACAACAACAAGAGCAACAACAACAAGACCAACAACAACAACGGAACCACACACGACAACAAGAAGACAACGUAGACCGACAAGACCACAAACCGUACGCUAUUAUCCACGCACAAAGCCAACAAGAUACCCAAAUUCAAAAACAAGAAUACCUACAACACAAAGAACUACAACUGAAAGAUACACUACUAGACCGCAAUAUAGAACACGUGGACCAACAACCGAAACAUAUUUUCCAACAAGAUCGGCACCAACAUUUUGGGCAACGACACGAAGACAAAGAAGGACAACAACUCGGUCUAGAACUUUACCAUAUUACCCUCGCACCAGAGCACGUACAACAGAGCAACCAAGGACAGAACGUAUUAUCUACACGCGACCAACGACAAAAAGAAGUCCAACAACAGAGCCACAAGUUUCUACAAGAAAACGAGAGCGUUCGACGUUCCCAACAACGACAAGAUACACCACACCUAGAAAAGCUUGUGAAGAAAGCGUUGGAAUCGAAGCUGGGGUGAUUCCAGAUUCAGCAUUUUCGUCAAGUUCAAAUUAUCCCUCAUAUACACCAGAGAAGGCGCGCUUGAAUAAUGGAUAUGGUUGGAGGGCAAAAACGAAUGAUUUGAACCAAUAUUUGGAGAUUGAUCUUGGAGAUGACGUAACAAUCACAAGUAUUGCGACACAAGGUUAUUCUUACUUUUUUUCAUCGAGUUACGUCACGAAGUACAAGGUGGAAUACCAAAACAGUCGUACAAGAGGUUUCGUUGCUUACCAAGAAAUAACAGGAGUUGACAAGAUAUUCAACGGCAACAACGGUGGUUCCAAAGUUGUAACUAACCAUUUCCAGCGACCAAUCACAGCUAGAAUAAUUCGAAUCAGACCAACUAAGUGGUACAGCAACAUUAGUCUCAAGGUGGAAUUGUAUCACUCAUGUUCUGAAUCUUUCGUAGGUUAAAAACAUUGCGAUUGAGAAAAUGCUUUGGUCUCAUAUACCCGCGGUUUUAAAUAUUUCAGUAUUUUUAACAGCUAGGCUGCCAAUUGUACUUUUACCUACCGCAAAACCAAUAUAGACAAAAUGGAUAAUCCAAUUAUUGUACAUUUGUUAAACACAUGAUCGCUAUUCGAAAAUAAACGAAAUUCGAAAUUUG